AUGUUGAAAAAUGUGAUUGACCAACUCGUGAACUCGCCGAACACCGAACAUGAACCACUUACAAACUUCAUCAACAAUGAAUUUGUGAAAACGGAACACUUGAUGGCUUCGGUGAAUCCAGCAACUGGACGAAGCUGGAUUCAAAUACCUAACUCUGGAAAGAAGGACGUCUGCGAAGCAGUUGCUGCUGCUAAGCGAGCAUUUCCAUCGUAUCAAAAUUCUGACGGAUUAGCGACAUUAGAAUCAAGAGAUCAAGGAAAACCCGUGAAACUAGCGAGACUGAUUGACAUUCCUCGAUGCGUACAUAACUUUAGAUUUUUCGCGACAGCUAUCCUUCACCAUACUUCGCCGUCUACGGUGAUAGAUGAACCAGUUCGAGCGGUGAACUACGUGAGGAACGAUCCUGUGGGAGUAGCUGGCCUCAUAAGCCCAUGGAACCUGCCACUAUAUCUAUUAUCUUUCAAACUGGCGCCGGCUCUUGCCACAGGGAAUACCGUUGUAUGCAAGCCCAGUGAAUUGACAAGCGUGACAGCAUGGGUAUUGAUGCACGCUUUCAAGGAAGCAGGCACUGCCGUUGGCAAGAAAAUUGCUGAAACGGGUGCAAGACUUAACAAAAAAAUUUCGCUGGAAAUGGGUGGCAAGAAUGCUGCAAUCGUCUACCCUUCUUGUGACCUUUCGAAGCAUCUAACAACGAUAGCAAAGUCUUGCUUUAUCAACCAGGGUGAAAUCUGCUUAUGUUCCAGUCGUAUAUUUGUUCACUCCUCGGUGUAUGAAAAUUUUGUAGACGAGUUAGUAAAUGAAGCGAAAAAGGGAUUCUUCAUUGCUCCUACUGUUGUUACGGGAUUAGCAGACUCGAGCCGUUGUAUGCAAGAAGAAAUUUUUGGUCCUGUAGUCUGCGUGACGAAAUUUACGUCUAUAGAGGAAGUAACGAAGCGGGCCAACAAUACUUGUUACGGUCUGUCAGCUACCGUCUGGAGUGAGAAUAAUGAAGAACUUAUAAAUACAGCACAUGGUUUGAGGGUAGGAACAGUGUGGUGCAACACUUGGCUGGUUCGUCCGACUUACCACUAA